GGAUACCUCCUCGCGAGCGUUCCCUCUCUCGUUCUCCAUACGUGUGCGUAUAUCAAACUCACGCACGCAGAGUGUGCGACACGUGAUCCGCGCGCAGCGCUGUUCCCGAUGCACUUUUCCCGAGCACGCGAUGACGAGACGGUAAUCGCGAUGACGGCGUAAUCGUCUCUCGCAUCCUUCGAGCCUUGUGUGACGCGCCUUUCCGUUCGCGUGGAAAGCCGUCUCCCGCGAGGGAGAGGAGCGGGCGCUAAUCGAGAGAGGAAAAGGACACUCGUGCCGGAGCACUCCACAGCCAUCUCGAAAAAUGUCAAGGUGAUCGUCUCUCCCCUUGCGUCUCUCAUCCUCUGACGUCUCGAGGAAAAAAAAACGCUCGUAUAUACGCGUGUAACGUGUGCUUUUUCUCGCGUUGGAUCCGGAUCUCGUCGGUUCGGCGUCUCUCGCUCCCAACCCCCCCAUCGUCGUAUCGCACACCCUGGAGCGUGAUCCUCGCCCGAUCCAACGCGUCCGUCGGUUGGGAAAGCCAGAACGCAGUCAGAAUGCAUCACACGGCACCGUGGUAUCUGCCCUGGGGCCUGAAGCUGGUGCCGCUGCCAAUUCCGCCGGGACAUCCGGCCUCCGGUAUCCCGAAUCCCGCUGGUCUACACCUGCUGACGCCUUUACCCGGAAUCUACGCACCGGAGCCGCGUAAGGUUGAUUUGAAACCUUUGCGAGAGACGGCGGUGGCGGUUCCCGCGCCGAAAAUUACCGAGAAGCGAAAAGCUGAAGAUGCCGAUGCCAGCAAGGAUCUCAAGAAGGCAAAAUUGGAAACGAAAGCACUGAAAGCGAAGAGGCCGGGAUUCACGGACGAGCGGUACAACGAGACCAGUUAUUAUGUGGAGCAUGGUCUCCGUAAGGUAUAUCCUUAUUACUUUACCUUCACGACAUUCACGAAAGGUCGAUGGGUCGGCGAGAAGAUCCUGGAAGUCUUCGCAAGGGAAUUCCGUGCCCAUCCAGCCGAAGAAUACGAGAGAUGUAUUCGCGCCGGCACCCUGACGGUCAACUAUCAAAAAGUGGACGUCGAUUACAGGUUACGGCACAACGAUCUCCUGGCUAACGUUGUCCACAGACACGAGGUGCCUGUCACCUCGGAGCCGAUCACGGUGAUACACAUGGACGAGGACGUCGUCGUGGUCAACAAGCCCGCCUCCAUCCCUGUUCAUCCAUGCGGUCGUUAUCGGCACAACACCGUAGUUUUCAUUCUGGCGAAGGAGUACAAUUUGAAGAAUCUUAGAACUAUUCACAGGCUGGAUCGGUUGACCAGCGGCAUUCUCCUAUUCGGCAGAACGCCCAAGAAGGCAAGACAGAUGGAGCACCAAAUAAGAAAUCGACAGGUCCACAAACAGUACGUGUGCCGAGUGGAGGGUGAGUUCCCUGAGGAGGAGGUAAUUUGUUCGGAGCCAAUCGAAGUCGUCUCCUACAAGAUCGGCGUCUGCAAGGUCUCCGAGAAAGGCAAAGAUUGCGUCACCCGCUUCAAGCGUCUCAGCUACAAUGGCAAAUCGUCGGUGGUGCUGUGCAAGCCACAGACUGGACGCAUGCACCAGAUCCGCGUCCACCUGCAGUACCUCGGCUAUCCCGUGGUGAACGAUCCUCUUUACAAUCACGUGGUCUUCGGCCCGCACAAGGGAAAGGGCGGUAAUAUUGGCAAGACCGACGAGGAGCUCGUCCGGGAUCUCAUCAGCAUUCAUAACGCCGAAAAUUGGCUCGGUAUGGACGGCGAUUCUGAUAUGAGCCUGUUCAAGCCGAAACUGGAAUUGGAGGAACGCAUGCUGGGCUCCGGCAAUGACAAGGACAACGGUUCCUCGCCAUCAUCCACCCCGGGUUUGGUCGAGGACGAACAACAGCAACAACCACAACAGCAGCAGCAGCAGCAGCAGCAACAGCAGCCACAACAGGAAUCCCUCAAGGUCACCGUGGGAACGCAGACAGGCUCGGAACCGCCAGAUUCCACUUUCGCCAACGACAAGGUCACCGUUGACCCGCACUGUUACGAGUGCAAAGUCAAGUAUAGGGACCCGAAGCCGUCAGAUCUGGUGAUGUAUCUGCACGCGUGGCGUUACUGCGGCCCGGGAUGGGAGUACGAAACGCCGCUACCCGCGUGGGCAGCGAGCGAUUGGACCGGCGACGAUCGAUAGUUCAGACGACGUGAUCGAAGACGAUCCGCGCGGAUUCCUUGGCGAGCAAUCGUCGUCGUUGUCGUUGCCGUCAUCGAGUCUCAAUCCCCUUUUUUGAUAUCCUUACCCCGUGCCUUCCAUCCGCCAAUGAGCGAUCUUGACCAUCGUACGCAAACAAGUACAUGUAGACGAAUACGCAUACAUGCAGACAUAUACACACAGUAGACAAACAGACGUGCAUCCCCCUACAACUUGGCCGUCGGACUUUCCGGGAUGCUGCGGUCCGAGAGAAAUGGAGAUUGCUGGAACAAUCUCACGUCGCUCGAUAUGUACAUUUCUGCAAACUCGUCGUCGACACGUUGUCGUAAGCGACAAUUUGGUGUUAUCAUGAAGCGAUUCCGACGGAUCAUCGUUUACGCGCAGAAAUUCACGCUCGUUCUCUCGCGACAAGUUUACCCGUCGCAUGCGUUCUCGUUUCGUUAUAUAUUUCUGGCAAAGUCUCACACAAAUCCUUCAUGCGGACGAUUUUAUGCGGGAAACGAUCCGAGACGCGACGCUAUUAUGCGGAUUAAUCAUAGCGAAGACAAAAGACAACCGUUGUUACCGAUCCUAUUACCGCAAAGCUGUCCCGAUUUCGGGAGCCAGUUAAUAAAUCAGAUUAUCAUUAUUAUUAUUUUUGUCUCGCCGCAGCAAUUUUCUGGGUUUCUCAAUCAUGUUUCCUCCGAGCAAACCUGGAGCGCCUUGUACAAUUACGCAGUAAAGUUACGCCGAGAUGUCGUAAUAAGGUGCAAUGUGAUUGUUCCUACAAUCGUUUCUCUCCGCGUAACAGCCGUAAGAAUGUUCUUGCAUGGUCGGUUGAUCGAUGUGGAUCUUAUAAGUCGCAGGACUUCGUUGCAACUUCCGAAUCAAUGAUGAAUAUUGAUUUUUUUUUUGCUGUCAGACAGAUAUUGUGACA